AUAACUUUCUGAGAAUGUCCAUCUGGAAUGAAAAAUCAGACCACCCAAACAGAAAAUUGAAUUCAGUUAUUUUUUUCCCCCUAAUCCACAUGUCCAUCUUUAUUCUUAAUUAAAACUAAUACUAAAUGGGGACUUUGAUUUACGUUCUUACACUGGUCUGCUUGACUUUUCGCUUCUCUUGCCAAAAUGGAAACUCUCGAAAUUCUCUUCCCUUUACUCUGUUGUCUCUUCCAAUUUCUCUCUCCACUUUUCCCGGAAAGUGUAAAUAUUGAAUAGUGGAUUUCAUGAGGAUUUCUACUUCUGCAGCAUAAAUAGGAGAGCAAAGGCGGAUUCUUUUUAGUUAAUUAUUUAUUUUUAUUGUGUCUGAUUUGCUUACUCCAGAAUGGGACGAAGAAAGGGGAGAGCUAAAAUCAAUAUUGAAGAGGUUGUGGAGUUCUUUAAUAAUCUCUAUGGGGAGAAGCCUCUGUUACCCUUUUUGAUUCCGCUGGUUUUGAUUUUCUGGGUCAUUGAGAAAUGGGUCUUCUCUGUCUCCUACUGGGUUCCUCUUGUUGUUGCUGUUUGGGCAACUAUUCAGUAUUACACUUAUCAACGUAAAAUACUUGUUGAAGACUUGAACAGAAAGUGGAAACGAGUUGUGUUGGACACCUCACCAAUAACACCCUUGGAACACUGUGAGUGGCUGAACAAGCUGUUCAUGGAAGUUUGGCUCAACUACAUAAACUCAAAACUUUCAAUAAGGUUUUCAUCCAUGGUUGAGAAACGUCUAAAGCAGCGCAAGUCAAAGCUUAUAGAAAGGAUUGAGCUACUGGAGUUUUCACUAGGUGCAUAUCCGCCUUACCUGGGUCUCCAUGGCAUUCGCUGGUCAACUUCAGGUGAUCAGCGAUUUAUGCAUGUUGGUUUUGAUUGGGACACCAAUGACAUAAGCAUUAUGCUGAUGGCUAAGCUGGCCAAGCCAAUGGGAACUGCUCGGAUUGUUAUUAACAGCUUGCACAUAAAGGGUGAUCUUCUCAUAAUUCCUGUUUUGGAUGGAAAAGCAAUUUUGUAUUCAUUUGUUUCAACUCCAGAAGUAAGAAUAGGAGUUGCCUUUGGAAGUGGUGGAAGCCAGUCCCUACCUGCAACAGAACUACCUGGUGUUUCUUCUUGGCUGGUCAAAAUUCUUACUGAGACCUUAGUUAAGACAAUGGUAGAACCUCGCCGCCGUUGUUACUCUUUACCGGCUGUUGAUUUAAGGAAAAAGGCUGUUGGUGGAGUUAUUCAUGUGACAGUUAUUUCUGCUAGCAAAAUUUCUAGUACUUCCUUUAGAGGAAGCCCUUCAAGAAGACAACAAAAUUAUUCUGCAAAUGGUAGCUUAGAAGAGCAUUUUGAUGAUAAAGAUUUGCAAACUUUCGUGGAAGUUGAACUUGAGCAGUUAACAAGGAGAACAGGUGUGAAACCUGGCUCAAGUCCAAGAUGGGAUUCAACAUUUAAUAUGAUUUUGCAUGAAGAAACUGGAAUUCUUCGAUUUCAUCUUUACAAUAGUAACCCCAGCAGUGUGAAAUGCGACUAUUUAGCAAGUUGUGAGAUAAAGAUGAAGUAUGUUGCUGAUGAUUCAACAAUGUUUUGGGCAGUAGGACCCAACUCAGGUGUAAUUGCUGAGCAUGUUGAGUUUUGCGGAAAAGAAGUAGAGAUGGCUAUUCCAUUUGAGGGGGUUAAUUCAGGGGAGUUGAUAGUCAAGCUUGUGUUGAAAGAAUGGCAAUUCUCUGAUGGUUCACAUAGCUUCAACAAGUUCCGAGUUAGCUCUCGGCAGUCAACAGAUGGAUUAUCAAAUGUUCUUUCAAGAACAGGAAGAAAGGUUAACGUAAUUGUUGUGGAGGGAAAGGAUCUUACCACAAAAGAAAGAUCUGGAAAGUGUGACCCAUAUGUUAAACUGCAGUAUGGAAAGGUUUUCCAGAGAACAAGGACUGCACAUAAUCCUAAUCCUCUCUGGAAUCAGAAGUUUGAAUUUGAUGAGAUUGGAGGUGGUGAAUACCUUAAGAUUAAAUGCUAUAAUGAAGAAACCUUUGCAGAUGAUAACAUUGGUAGUGCACAAGUGAAUAUUGAAGGACUGGUUGAGGGUUCAAUUAGGGAUGUUUGGGUUCCACUUGAAAAAGUGAAUUCAGGAGAAUUGAGGCUCCAAAUAGAAGCACUGAGAGCUGAUGAAUGUGAUGGCUCAAAGGGUUCCACUGCAGGAUCAGGCAAUGGUUGGAUUGAACUCGUUCUUAUUGAAGCUAGGGACCUUAUAGCAGCUGAUCUCAGAGGGACGAGCGAUCCAUAUGUGAGGGUGCAAUAUGGGAACUUGAAGAGAAGAACAAAGGUUAUGUACAAAACAUUGAAUCCUAAAUGGAAUCAGACCUUAGAGUUCCCUGACGAUGGCAGUCCGUUAGAGUUACAUGUGAAAGACCACAAUGCUUUGCUUCCCACAUUGAGCAUCGGCGACUGUGUGGUAGAAUAUCAGAGAUUGCCACCAAAUCAGAUGUCUGACAAGUGGAUACCACUCCAAGGAGUGAAAAGAGGAGAGAUCCAUAUUCAAAUUACUAGGAAAGUUCCAGAAGUACAGAGGAGACCUAGUCUGGAUUCUGAUGCAUCUGUAAUAAAAUCACGUGAGAUUUCUACCCAGAUGAGAGAGAGUAUGAUCAAAUUUCGAUCGUUAAUCGAGGAUGGUGAUCUAGAAGGACUCUCAACAACUUUGAGCGAGAUGGAAGUCCUAGAGGACAUGCAAGACGACUACAUGCUACAGCUCGAGACCGAGCAAAAUCUUCUACUUAAUAAAAUAAAGGAGCUUGGUCAGGAAAUUUUUAGCUCAUCUUCUUCCAUUAUCAGAAGAUCUAUAAGUUGAAAUAUGUAGCCAUUUUAACCUCCUCUGUAUUAUCAUCCUCUUCAGAAAUUCGCUUGUACAAAGACCUCACUCUUUAAAUGGGUACACGAAUCUCUGUCAUAGCCUGUACUUGAAGAAACCUUAAUGCUGUAUAAAUUGUAAAUGGCCUGCAACUCUUCUGCAGCAGAAGAAAUUGGCCUUCAUGUCUCAUGAGAAUAAGCCUGUUGCAGUUGUGUAUUUAGCUUUAUUUUAUUUAAUAGCUAGAGACAAAUAGAGAGUGCUAUAGGCACUAUGUGAUUGCCAGACUCAGUGUUAUCAACAUUGUUCAUUUGUUACAGUAUGUCAAUGGAAGGAAAUAAUUAUAGUUUAA